AUGCGGCGCGGGCGACGGCUGGCUGGCUGUCGCGGAGGCGUGCAGCCCGGCACGGCGCGACAAGUGUUCCCCUGGCGGCCGGCCGUCGCCCGCCACGGUCCAGCGCGAACACAGAGCCGACCGCAGCUCGCCACGCCUAAUUCCGUCCCCACGGCGCUCCCGGCUCUCGCCGGAAGUCCUUGGCCUGGCUUGUGUGUUGCAGUCCUGAGAGAUGACUUCCGUCCGGAGCCCAAGGACACCCGCGUGGCGGCCGGCGAGACGGCGCUGCUGGAGUGCGGGCCGCCCAAGGGGCACCCCGAACCGACGCUCGUCUGGAAGAAGGACGGUCAGCCCAUCGACCUCGAGGCCUCCACCAGGCUGCGCGUGGUGGACGGCGGUAACCUGAUGAUCACGGACGUGCGGCAGGCGGACGAGGGCCAGUACCGCUGCGUCGCCCAGAACAUGGUGGGCGUACGGGAGAGCGCGCCGGCCACGCUUACCGUCCACGUGAAGCCGUUCUUCAGCAAGGAGCCUGCGGACGCUACGGUGCUGGAGGAUCAGUCGGUGCACUUCCAGUGCCGCGUCGGCGGCGACCCGGCGCCCAACAUCCUGUGGCGGCGCGACGACGGCAAGAUGCCCAUCGGGCGCGCCCAGAUCCUCGACGACAAGUCACUGCGCAUCGAGAACGUUGUGCCGGCCGACGAGGGCGUCUACAUCUGCGACGCCGAGAACGUCGUCGGCAGCAUCUCGGCGCGCGCCACCCUCACCGUCCACUCCCCACCGAGGAUCACGACGCGACCACAAGACCAGAAAGUGGGUCUGAAUGGCGUAGCACUGUUCGAGUGCGCAGCAUCCGGCAGCCCGCCGCCGUCCGUGUUCUGGACACGUGAGGGCUCGCAGCAGCUCAUGUUCCCCGGUAACGCUUACGGCCGUCUACACGUCGCUGCUGACGGGUCGUUGCGUAUCCAAGGCGUUCGCCGGGAAGACUCUGGUUUCCUCGUCUGCUCUGCCCUGAGUGUCGCUGGCUCCACAACUGAGAGGGCCUUCCUAGAGGUAACAUCAGUAGCUGAUGUACCUCCACCCAUUGUGGAGAUGGGACCAGCCAAUCAGACACUGCCCCUGUCAUCUGUAGCAGCACUACCGUGUCAGGCGACAGGCACACCUCCACCCAGGGUGCGCUGGUACAAGAAUGGCUCACCUCUAGUGAGCCAAGGUCCUCGCAUCAAUGUUCUAGACAAUGGGACUCUUCAUAUUGACAACCUCCAGUUGUCGGACUCAGGGCUAUACACCUGUACGGCCUCCUCGGAAAGUGGUGAGACAUCCUGGUCUGCAUCUCUCACUGUGGAGAAGAGUCCAGGUCCCAGUCUGCACCGCACACCAGAUCCUGGCACGUUUCCUGGGCCACCCUCUCAGCCACGCAUCCUCAACACCACACAGUCCAGUGUGGCAUUGUCAUGGCAGCAGGGUCGACCAGGAGCAUCACCGCUCAUUGGCUACACCAUUGAGUAUUUCAGUUCAGACUUGCAGACUGGCUGGGUUGUGGCUGCCAACAGAGUGACAUCAGAGGCUAUCACAGUAACAGACCUGAAGCCAGACACUUCAUACAUUUUUCUUGUGAGGGCAGAGAAUAGCCAUGGACUGUCAGUACCAAGCCCUGUCUCAAGUGUAGCUAAAACACUGAGCUCUGCUGAUCAGAGAACUGUUCCUCGUUAUGAACUUGAUGAAGCCCGGAGUCGUCUAAGUACUAAGGUGGUUGUGCUGCGAGAUGUGAUGCCUCUCAGCUCUACAUCAGUGCGACUUGUUUGGGAUAUUUUGUCUGGUGAGGAGUACGUGGAAGGACUGUAUGUCCGAUUCUGUGAUCUCUCUGGUGGCUCUCAGAAAUACAAUAUGGUAACAGUUCUGAAUGCUGGUGCCACUACCAAUACAGUGACGAACCUCAGGAAGUUCACGAAGUAUGAGUUCUUUCUCGUGCCAUUCUACAAAUCUGUGGAAGGACAGCCAUCAAACUCAAAGCACGUGCAAACUUUGGAAGAUGUACCUUCUGCCCCACCGGACAAUGUCCAAGUUGGUAUGCUGAACACAACUGCAGCAUUUGUUCGCUGGUCUCCACCUCCACCACAACAUCAUAAUGGAAUUCUCCUCGGAUACAAGAUUCAGAUAAAAGGGAAAGGGAGCAAAGUUCUUGCCCAAAUGACACUAAACGCAACAACUACCUCAGUUUUGCUGAACAACUUGACAACUGGUAGCUCAUAUACAGCACGUGUUGUAGCCUACACUAGGGUAGGACUGGGGCCAUUCUCAGCACCUGCCCCUCUGGUGAUGGAUCCUGCUUUGUUGCACCAGUAUCCUCCAAGGGCACAUCCCAGUGAAAGUGGUGCAGCUGGAGGUGUUGUGAGAGAAACCUGGUUCCUUGUCCUGAUGGGUGUCCUCAUUAUUGCAAUGGCUGUUGGUCUUGUGGGUUUUAUCUACCUUCGCAGGAGGCAGGCUCUUAGCAAAGAACUUGGUCAUUUAAGUGUUCCUGUUGUGCAUGGGAAUGAUAUUCCUCAAUUGAACUUGAUGAAUGGCAAGGAAACACUGUGGAUUGAUAGAGGCUGGAGACCUACUGAUUGUGCUGACAAAGAUUCAUCUGGUUUAUUGGAGACAAAGCUUCUUAAUAAUCAGACACUCAACCAUGAGCUCAGUUCAAAUACAACUGAUUAUGCUGAGGUUGACAGCCGUAACCUGACCACAUUUUAUAAUUGCCGCAAGGAUCAGCAGCAGCCGGAAAUACCUGCACCUUAUGCCACAACAACUCUCAUCAAUUCACUUCCUCGGAGGGACAAUUUGGAGAGCAGUCAUUUGUUUGAACCAGUUAAUGUGGCUGACCAAGGUGAAUCAAAAACCUCUAGUUCAAGUGAUUCUUGUGUGAAGCACAAUUUGUCGAGUAUGGAAACUAAUCCAGACACUGGAAACAAAUCAAGCAGCAUGAGUUCAGAAAUUGGAAGUCUUUACACAGAUGACAACAGACUUCAAGCUAACAAGUUACCAGUGUCGCAUCGUGGAAAUGAGUUGCUACCUAACUGGUCCGAAUUCUUGCCACCUCCACCAGAGCACUCGCCUCCUUCUGCCAGCACGAGGCUUCUUCCAGGUCAAGCACCUACUCAAACAACGAACUCUACAAAUCGUGGAGUUUCUCCCAGUUUUCACUCUCAUCAACCAGGAUAUAAUCCAAACAGUCCUCUAUUAGGCAAACGUAGUAACUGCUCGAGAGAAGGCACUCCUGUGGGACAACUGCACCCUGCUGAUGGAAGUGGAGGAGGUAGUUCAGGGCAUGGUCCACCAGUGCCUCCUGUAAGAGGAGGCAGCAGUUGUGGCAGCAAUGGUUACUCAUCAAACUGGAAUCCGCAGCAGGGAGUAAGUGGGGCCAACUCUACAGGAAAAGGAGAUUAUGGAAACAGCAGUGGGCGAUAUGCUAUGCUGCCCCCACCACAACACCCUCCUCCGGUACCAAAUUUUCCUCAAGGAUUUAACUGCAACCAAGGGAGAAGCAGCAGCAACCACAGUGAUCAAUCUUUCCAACACAAGCCUGCUAGUAAAAGCCCAUAUAGUGACAAUCCGCAGGAGGAAAAUAUAUAUGAAAGUGGCUCUCUUCUUUAUGGAGAAAAUCCUAGCACAUAUUACAACCAACAGAACAACUCAGCAACAGGGUCACAGCAUGGAAGUGGAGGAUAUAAUGCGAUCGACAGAGGUGUUCAGUCAUCCUUACCAAGCUUAGCUUCAGAGCACCUGUCAUCACGAUUAUGCCACCAGAACAUUGCCCAGCAGAUGAUGAAAGAUUUAGGCAUUCCCAGUGGCCAGCCAGCCUGUGCAGACUCUGACUACAGUGACUGUGAGAGGUGGCAUGGUUCUACGACAGCCGGCAGCUGGGAUGAAGACCGGGGGAGCUGCAGCAGUGAUACAUGUUGCUCAUGCAGUGAUUCUAACUGCCCCUAUGAUGGUGCUGUUGACCAUGGUGAACAAGGGCCUCUGCAGGGUCAAUGUCAGUCAUCGAAUGCUACUGGUUGGCGGCACAGACCACACCACCUGUUGGGUGGCUCUCGUCAAGCUCCUUGUCGAAGGCCUGUCUCUCCGUGUUAUAGCACAGACUCCAGCUACAGCUGUGCUCGCCCACCACAUCUGAGGUCGACACCACACCACAAGCCUCAGCACCAUUCACGAACAGAUGAUGUUCCAGCAUAUGAGAAACCAAACUAUCCCACGUCACAGUCAUCUAACAGCAAUACGUUAGGAAGUGGCACAGGCAGUCAGAGAGUUAACAAACUAGCCAGCAUGUUUGCUAACGGACCAUUUCCACUUGGUAAUUCAGCAUCAAGUUCCAGUUCUGGAGAUCAACAUGAGAAACAGCCUUUAAAUGCCAGUGAACCUAUUCGAUAAUACUGUUUGUUGGCAAUGACGUACCAAACUAAAAGACUGCCUAAAUUGUAAUUUUAUUAUAUUUUCAUUUUAUAGAACUUUGAAACUGCAUUUUAUAGCUGAUUAACUGCCAUUUUGUAUUUAAUGAUGUAUAUUGAACUGGUAGCAAAAAUGUUAAAAUUGUUAUUACAACUAUAGCUUAUCACAUUUGGUAUAUCAUGGAAUUUCUAUAUGGCAUGCACCCAGAAGAGGCCUACUGUGGGAUGGGAGGGGGAGUGUCUAACCAGAAAAAUAUUUAAUAACACUGAAGGCCUAAAAGGCCUAAAAGAAUCAGUGGUAUAAUAUUGCCUUUGAAAUACCUGUAACUAAAAUUCUGUUAAAGGACUAUGCAAAAGGCAUUUAUUCUGUCCUUUACAUCUUCACCACAUAUUGGAUUAUUUCUUGUUAAUAUAGCAAAUAAAACAAAAACUAUGAAUAAUAACACCUGCACAACACAUGUUAUAUGUACUGUUGCCACUGUGCACUGAAGUCUCACUGACUACUUUUAUAUUACACAGUAGAAAUGUUCUCCAUUUAAGAUUAAUGGGCUACAUCUACAUGUCAUAAAUUUUGCAAUUUUGUGGUAACUGAUUUAGAUACGAUCAUUGGUAUUCCUACCAAUCAAGGUGAAUACUGGCUGUAUUAAAAUAAUUUAUUGAAACUGCUUUGAUUUAGUUCAGAAGUAAAAGAC